AUGGACGCGGUGUUUGCCAAAAUUGCACAAGAGACCACCAAGUUCGGUCUCGGUGAUGAGGAGAAAUGGAGGCAACUAUACGAACCGUUCUAUCCCGACCCGCCUCCCAACGUCAGCGUCGUCCGAGACGAGCAAUACGGACCCGCUGAGAGAAAUCGCCUGGAUAUUUUUGUCCCGCGAAGCAACAGCAAGGAGGAAGAUGGAGGCAGACCGGUCCUUCUGUUCGUUCACGGGGGCGGCUUCUUCUCUGGCGACAAACUCUGGACCGAAAAGGUGUAUUCCAACAUUGGCUGGUUCUUCGCUCAACAGGGCAUCAUCACCGUUGUGGCCAACCACCAACUGGUGCCUCAUGUGCAGUAUCCCGGAGGGGCAGAUGACAUGCAGCUGGCUCGUGAGUGGAUCUACACCAACAUUUCGUUGGCAAAGUUUGGCCGGGGAUCGGUCGACAAGGUCGUGCUAUUCGGCCACUCUUCUGGUGGCGCACAUAUCGCCAUGAAUCUGUACGCAGCAGGCGACCCCGAGCGACUUUCCAAAGGGGCUGCCUUCCCUCCGGUAGCCGGUGUGAUCUAUCUUGAUGUGCCGUUCUGGUACGAUAGAACAAAGCCGGUGCGCCAGAAGACAAUUCAAUCUUACUAUGGCUCCGAUUCCGCAGAGGUUUGGGGGCCCAAGUCCGCGCUCGGACUAUUUGAACGUCUCCCCAACGAUUCGCCGGCGUUGUAA